GCCUGCUGAGCGUUAGCAUUGGCCCUCCCACCUCGCCCUUACCCGCUUUCCUCCAGCUUUGACGGCCCUGUAUAAAAGGUUGCUUCGGUAGAACCUCUCGCCACUCGCUAAGACCCUGUCGCAGAAAAAGGAGCGCGUCCGCAAACAAAGAUGAAGUUCCUCGUUGUCGUUCUUUCUGUUUCCCUCACCCUCGCUUUGGCCGCUGACGACAAGGCUGCCGAAAGACCAAAGACUUUCCGCCGUCUCAUUCCUGCUGACACCCUCAGAGACUUCCCCGGCCUGUGCUUCGCCUCGACCCGUUGCGCCACCAUCGAGCCCGGCAAGUCAUGGGAGCUUGCUCCCUUCUGCGGCCGCUCCACCUGCGUCCUCGAAGAGGGCCGUCUGCUCGAGCUGGUUGAGGACUGCGGCCCCCUGCCCAAGCCCAACCCCAAGUGCAAGCUGUCUGAGUCGACCAACAAGACCGCCGAGUUCCCCACGUGCUGCCCUAUCUUCGAGUGCGAGGAGGGCGUGAAGCUGGAGUACCCCGACCUGGCCGCUCCCCCUGCCGAGGCCGCCGCCGACAAGUCCACUGAGAAGCCCAAGGCCUAAGCGCGCCAUUAUUGAGAGAGAUUGAAGAAGCAACCGCGAGUAAUUUAUUUUUAAAUGCUGCUGGAGUAAAAUUUUCCUCGUGAGAGAAUCAAACGGACUUUUGGACGAAGAAGCAUUUUACACAAAAAAUUGAAACACCUGGAAUAUAUAUAAAACAGAGAAAAGUCAUUAUUUGAGAAGCAUCAGUAGGAUAGACAGGGUUGUAAACUAUUCAUUUUUCGCGCGUCUCUCAUUAUGCCGAAAACCAUCUUAAUCAAUCAAUGACAAUGUGAUCCUCAGUUUUACUUACGAUUAGUACCUUUUUGUAAUAUCCACCGUUUUGUACGAAUAAAAAACGUAUAGAAUUUAAUUACAAAAAA